UGCGGCUGCGGCAGCGGCUUCUGGGAUCCCGAUGUGGCAGAGAGGCCGUCACCGCCAAAGAGGUGGAGGGCCCGCGACCGCGGUGUUGGAGACACUGCCGCCAUCCUCUUCGUCAGCCCAGCUGUCUUCCUAGAAACGCUCCUCGCCUAAGAAUCCUUCCCUCCCAGCUCUUGCAAACUCCGAACUCGUCGCCUGCUGAUCCUCUUUCACCACAGGUUCACAGCGGAGGCAGCAGUGAGGUGUCCGAUUUGGACACGUGAGACCUGCGGUCCCCCGACUUGGGGAGGUGGGCGCUGGACUAGAGAAUCGGAGGAUGCGGGUUGCCUCUUUCCUCCCCUUGCAGGUAUGAAGACACCUCACAAAAAGGCAACUGCAAGGCAGCAAACAAGGGACAUUGUUGAUGGCCACACCUUGUCUGCAAGUAUGAGGAAGAAAAAGAUUUCUCAAAAGAAACAGAGGGGCAGACCUUCCUCCCAGCCCCGCAGGAACAUCGUGGGCUGCAGAAUUUCACAUGGAUGGAAGGAAGGCGAUGAGCCCAUCACCCAGUGGAAAGGAACCGUUCUGGAUCAGGUGCCUAUAAAUCCCUCUCUUUAUCUGGUGAAAUAUGAUGGAAUUGACUGUGUCUAUGGACUGGAACUUCACAGAGAUAAAAGGAUUUUAAAGCUUAAAAUCCUUCCUGAUAAAGUGCCAUUUUCUCGAGUCAGAGAUGUGCACCUUGCAAAUACCAUAAUUGGUAAAGCUGUGGAACAUAUGUUUGAGGGUGAGCAUGGUUCUAAGGAUGGAUGGAGGGGGAUGGUCUUAGCCCAAGCACCCAUUAUGAAAGCCUGGUUUUAUAUUACCUAUGAGAAAGAUCCUGUUUUGUACAUGUACCAGCUUUUAGAUGAUUAUAAAGAAGGUGAUCUCCAUAUCAUGCCAGAGUCGAGUAAGUCUUCUCCAAAAGAGAGAGAGCCAGAAGGAGUUAUAGAUGGCCUCAUAGGUAAACAUGUAGAAUAUACCAAAGAAGAUGGCUCCAAAAGGACAGGCAAAGUAAUUCACCAAGUUAAAGCCAAACCUUCUGUGUACUUCAUCAAGUUUGAUGAUGAUUUCCAUAUCUAUGUCUAUGAUUUGGUGAAAAAGUCUUAACGGUUAGGGUAAACCUUAUCACGUGUAUGUAGGCAAAUGUAUGAUUUGGAGAAACACAAAAAAAUGUUGCUUUUCAGUGUACUGAAAGUAUAGGGGUCCCUAAAAACCCAUCAUCAUUGCCAGCAAAACUGUUGUUUUGUUCUGAAAAAUAUAAGUUUAUGUAGCUAUGACAUGCUGUGUGUAAGGCAUUUGUCAUGGUGAAAAGGUUGGGUGUGUUUGAUUGAGGGAACAUGAAAGAAAGGAACAAGUGUAAAUUCAGGCUGUCAAUAAAUUUCAGCUAGUAUCAUAAUCAGUCAUCUAAAAAUGGGACAGGACUUAGCUGGUCUGGUCUAAGGAGAGGAGAGAAGAAGGAACUAGAGAUGGACUUUUGGGGAAAGGAGGAGAGAUGGUUGCUUAAGAAAGGAGGUGGGAAGGGGUCAGAAAUGGAGAGGC